UUCUGGAUCAGAAUUGCCUGAAUUCAAGUGUUUGUAACUCUAUUGCAUGAAUGUUCUACUCCAGAAAAGAUAACUUUGUGUUCUAUAGUUCAUAUAUGUGUGCCUUAUAUCUGAGAUGGUUGGAGGUAUCCAGAGUAAAGGUAUGUGAUAACACAGAUGGCAUAUCCAUCUCUUGCCUUCUAUUCCAGGAUUAUAUAUUCUACUUAGAGCCAGAGAAGCUGGAGUCAGGCAAAGGGAAAUGCUCAUAUGACCCGAAGGUGGACACAGUAUCAGCAUUAAUAAAUGAAGAACUCUAUGCUGGUGUCUACAUUGACUUCAUGGGCACAGAUGCCGCCAUCUUCCGCACUUUGGGCAAGCAGACUGCCAUGAGAACUGACCAAUACAACUCCCGUUGGCUCAAUGAUCCAGCAUUUGUCCAUGCAAAGCUCAUCCCAGACAGUGCUGAGAAAAAUGAUGACAAAUUGUAUUUUUUCUUCCGAGAAAAAUCCACCGAUUCUCCGCAGAGCCCAGUUGUCUACUCCCGCAUUGGACGCAUUUGCUUGAAUGACGAUGGAGGCCAUUGCUGCUUAGUAAAUAAAUGGAGCACAUUCCUAAAGGCACGACUCAUCUGUUCUGUCCCAGGGCCUGAUGGAAUUGAAACACACUUCGAUGAACUCCAGGAUGUCUUCAUCCAGCAGACCCAAGAUGUGAAGAAUCCCAUCAUUUAUGCCGUUUUUGCAGCCUCUGGGUCUGUGUUUAAGGGUUCUGCCGUGUGUGUCUACUCCAUGGCUGACAUCCGCAUGGUCUUCAAUGGACCGUUUGCUCACAAGGAAGGUCCCAACUAUCAGUGGAUGCCAUACACAGGCAAAAUGCCUUAUCCCCGUCCAGGCACCUGCCCAGGGGGAACAUUUACACCCUUAAUGAAAUCAACCAAGGACUAUCCUGAUGAGGUUAUCAACUUCAUGCGCACUCAUCCAAUGAUGUACAAUGGUGUCUACCCCAUACACCGCCAACCUCUUGUGGUGAGAACCAACGUCAAGUACAAGUUCACAACUAUAGCUGUGGACCAGGUGGAUGCAGCUGAUGGACGCUAUGAGGUGCUUUUCCUGGGCACAGAUCGUGGGACUGUCCAGAAAGUCAUAGUUUUGCCCAAAGAUGAUUUGGAAACAGAAGAAUUGAUGCUAGAAGAAGUUGAGGUGUUCAAGAUUCCAGCCUCAAUCAAGACUAUGACCAUCUCUUCCAAAAGGCAACAGCUCUAUGUAUCCUCAGCCAUUGGGCUAACACACCUGGCCCUCCACCGCUGUGAUGUGUACGGAGAAGCCUGUGCUGACUGCUGCUUGGCCAGGGAUCCCUACUGUGCCUGGGAUGGCAAGUCCUGUUCCCGCUAUUCUGCUUCUUCCAAGAGACGUAGCAGACGUCAAGACAUCCGGCAUGGCAACCCUAUCCGUCAGUGCAGAGGUUACAAUUCCAACGCCAGCAAGAACUCAGUGGAGGCUGUUCAAUAUGGAGUGGAGGGAAGCACAGCCUUUCUUGAAUGCCAGCCUCGCUCCCCUCAAGCCACCAUCAAAUGGCUCCUCCAGAGAGACAACAGUGACCGAAGGAAAGAGCUCCGCACUGAAGGACGGAUACUGAGGACAGAUCAAGGGUUGUUGUUGCGGUCCCUACAGCUCUCAGAUGGGGGUUUGUAUUCCUGCACAGCCACAGAGAACAACUUCAAGCACACCGUAGCCAAAGUGCAGCUGCAUGUACUGAGCAGUGAGACUGUCCAUGCUGUGCUCUUCCAGUCAGAAGCCCCCGUCCCCUCUGCAGCAGCCAUGAGAGCUGGCCUGCCAGGCACCUUCAGCUCUCAGUACCAUGACCUUGUCCAGCUGCUCACGCAGCCCGAGAUGGGACUCAUCAAUCAGUAUUGCCAGGGAUAUUGGCGGCAUGUGGCCUCCAAUCACAAGGAGAUUUUGGCUGGUCUCAAAGCCAAAGAGUUGCAUGACCAGAAGAAGCCACGAAACCGCCGGAAUCACCAACCAGAGAUGGAUCAGCACACAUGAGAGGGGCAGCUGAAAGGGACUAUGUGAUGACAGUUCUAUAAUUCCCCAUUUUC